AUGUCCAUAGGGAGGGCGGCCGAGGUCGACCGGCCGGCCGGGGGGCCUCCUCAGCUGGCCUCGUGUGCUGUGCUGGCCGUGGUGUGCGCUGUCAUCUCCCUGUGGUCACCGUCUCCCGUGAUUCAGGUGCCCAGCAUACAGGCGCCCGAUGCCCUGAUCUUGAGGUCAUCUCCAGCGCCAGAGGAAGGGCCAGGCAUUCAUUCCACCCGCUUCACCGACCAGAGACACGAGACGGAUGGCGUGCCCUUGGGGGGUCAGGUCAUCUGCACCCGGCAGCGAAUCACCCAGGACGGCUGCGACAUGCAUUACGCUGCAAAUGCUCACAAACCAGGCACCCAACCCGUCCGCAUGUGGUGGGAGAUUGGAUCCCAAUCGCCGGCUCUCACGGUCGCAGGCAAAGGCCCAGGCCAGGCUGCAGCGGGCCAUUCCAUGAAGCAGUGCAUCUCUCGCGGCACAUUAGCCUGGCGACAGCUCAGCCACGCAAGGAUGGAGAAUGGAGAGUCGGUAGGGUUCAGCGCUGUACCUACGUCUCAUCCACAUGCAUCGCAACCCGCCAUCGAUUGA